AUGGAAGUUGUAAUAGAAUGUUUCAAGAAAAUUCACGAAACACCUGAAGGCCAUAUCGUUGGUUAUUGUAGGCUGAAGCAAUUGCUUCAGACUAGGUAUGGAAUCAAUAUCCAUCUAUCAACGGCUGCUGCAAUCAACUGUGCCUUGGACCCAGAGGGUGUCAACAGAAGGUCAAAGAGGGUUCUCAAGCGUUGUGUUUUCAAUGUUGCUGGCCCAAAUUUUAUCUGGUCAGCCAAUGGCCAUGAUAAAUUGAAGAAGUUUGGAAUCACUUUGUACGGCUUCAUUGAUGCUUGGAGUUGUAAGGUCUUGGCAAUCUUUGUUCACACUACCAACAACAAUCCUCGACAUAUUGGAUAUUACUAUCUUCAAUUAGUCAAACGGGAGGGUGGCAUCCCACGUCUAACAACCACCAAUCGAGGCACUGAGACAAUCAAGAUGGCCGGACACCAAAUAAAUCUUAUGCGUCAAUUUGGAAUUGAUUACGACUUAGACCCAGAUCAAUCACAUCAAUUCACCAAAAGCACACAUAAUCAAAAAAUAGAAUGCCUCUGGUCUCAGUUGAUGAAACAAUACAAUGGCGAACUUAUAAGUCAAUUAUAUGAAGCUGAUGAAAAAGGUUACUAUGAUCCUGAAGACCCUGAUAGUCUGAACGAAUGGAUCAAUAACUACAACUCAUACAAGAGGCGUCGUGACAGGAAGAGCAUGCUUCCUAGUGGAUGCAGGGCAAACAUGUGUUACGAAAACCCCGAAGACCACGAUUCUAAACAAGGACUGAUACCCAUCACCAUAUCUGUGGCUCUGGAGCUAGAGAACAAGCAUUACCCUGAUGCCAAAGAUCUAACUUCUACUUGCCCUGAAUGGUUCAGCAAAAUAGUUGACCUUCUAAAACUGGAAAUGGAGCUCAACUGUCCUGAAACUGACACUCAGAAUGUUUGGAGUGUACUUUCUUGGCUAAGAUCUGCCAUCCAACUUUACGACUCUGCCUGGUUGGAUGAUAUCACGAAUGAUCCUGAAGAAACAAUUGCUGCCCGUGCAUACUUGUUAUAUGAUACAGAUUCUACUACUUAA